CACGCGAGUUCCGAAACUGGGUCAAGAGUAUACUCCCCGAUUUUACAGGGUCGACGAGAGUUAUGACGUCACAAACAUGGCGGACGAAAGCAGUUCAAGUCCAGGAUAUUGGCAACAAACUCGUCUAACAUAUAGUGAUGGGACCACCUACCUAGUCAAACUGGACAUGCCAACGAUUCAACGUUUAGAGAAUGGAGAUACUCAACUUCUUGAAACAAUCAGGGCUAAUAUAGAAUCAUCAAAAUUGAAAAAAAACUCUUCAGCCACAGGUGGUGCAUUGGCGUCGUCCUCCAACAACUACCCUCCAUCCGUCACAGGUGGUGCAUUGGCGUCAUCCUCCAACAACGACCCUCCAUCCGUCACAGGUGGUGCAUUGGCGUCAUCCUCCAACAACGACCCUCCAUCCGUCACAGGUGGUGCAUUGGCGUCAUCCUCCACUGAAGAAAAUCUUCCAAAAUUUUGGGGAAGACGAGAAACAGCUCUACUGUUUGACUUGCGAUCAACUAUGGAAUCCGACUUUCAUUCCAUGAGAACACACAAAGAAAAAAAUAAGUGAAAGCAUGAAUAAGAAGGGGUACAAAUAUACGCCUACACAAUGUGAGAACAAGUUUAAGAGUUUGAAACGAGAAUACAGGAACACUGUGGAUCACAAUUCAAAAUCUGGAAACGACAAAAAGUCUUGUCCUUUUUUUUCCGAGUUUCAGGAGUUGUAUGGCAUGAACGCCUCCACAAGACCAUCAGUGGCGAUUAGCUCCAGCAGAGGCAUGACUAUGGAGGGCAAUAGUACCGAGACUAACCAGACUAGUCAGACUCCAAGCAAGACGAGACGAGACAGGAAAAGGAAAGAGAGACCUGAAUGGCUUGAAAAUUUAGACACCAGAAUCAUCAGCCUGCCACAGACAAUCCUCAUGGAAGUUCUUAGGCAUCUUAACAUUACUGAUCAGCUGUGUUUAGCUUCAACAAGUAGAGGAAUGAGAAGAAAUAUCCUGGGAACCUUCACCAAUAUAAAUGUGUCUUGUAAACAGACACCUAGAAGUGUUCCAGACUUCCACUUCCUGAACAUUAUAUGUUCAUUGACAAAACUUGUGAUCAGAGCUAAAGCUAAUACAACCAUGCUCAGUCUGCUUUCUGCUCUGUACUCAGGGGCCCUAUUUCAGUUAGAAAUUUUGGAACUGAUAGAUGUAGGGUAUUCUUUGCAGUCUCUCUACAAUGUCAUCAUUGCUUUGCCAAAUUUGCAUUCCUUAGUUACACAUGAAAGUAGGUCAGAACUCUCUGUGGAGUUUUUGGUAGAGUUGAUGCAGAGGAAGAAAGGGCUACGGUAUGUUAGUGGAAAAGUAACUACAAAGUGUCAAAGGGACGUUGAAAAUUUGGCACAACUGUUGAACAGUAAUGUGGGAAGGGUGACAUUUGGUCACAGUAUUAUAGACAAAGUGCCACUUCAAAUGUUGAAAUGUGUACGAUACGCGUACAGUUUCCCAAAUCCAAGUGGUCGUUAUUGAAAGGAACACAAUCA